CAUCAACCAAGCCUUCACAACAUAAAGUAGAGCGAACAUCUCAAUUCAGUGGAUAUGACUGCCCAGACGAUUCAUGCAUCCAGUCACAAGCUUGUCAAGUGCGUCGUGUGUAAUACUCGUGGCUUUUCGUAUUGUUCUUGUCAUGUCUUCUCAUCAACACGGGCGCCACGGUAGUUUCAGUGUCGUAACAUGCAGAUUGAAGACGUCUCUAGCUCCAGUAGAACUUCGCCACACAGUUUCGUCAAACCAAGUAUCUGCGGCCACCUGCUCCGUCCUAUCUUGAGAAUUUGGUACCACUUCCAAGACAGAUUCUAGCAAGCUUUGCCUUCACUUUGCCCGCACUUCAACUCCUUAUCAGAAGCUCAACAUCGUCA